CGCCAUUUCCGGCUGUCAGGGAGUCUCCUCCCACCAGAGACAGCAGAUUAGAGAGAGACCGUCUUAUAUGGCAUACUAGACUGCAGCCUGAGACAGCACCGAGGGUCUGACACCUCAGAGACAGCCUGCACCUGAGAGACAGAUACCAGAGACAGCCUGCAACUGAGAGACAGAUACCAGAGACAGACACCAGAGACAGCCUGCACCUGAAAGAGACAGCCUGCAUCUGAGAGAGAUACCCAGAGACAGCCUGCAUCUGAGAGAGAGCACCCAGAGACAGCCUGCAUCUGAGAGAGAGCACCCAGAGACAUCCAGCAUCUGAGAGAGAGCACCCAGAGACUGCCUGCAUGAGAGUGGAGAGACUGCAUCCAGAGACAGCCUGCAACUGAGAGACAGAUACCAGAGACAGCCUGCACCUGAGAGACAGACACCAGAGAUAGCCUGCACCUGAAAGAGACAGCCUGCAUCUGAGAGAGAAACCCAGAGACAGCCUGCAUCUGAGAGAGAGAGAGCACCCAGAGACAGCCUGCAUCAGAGAGAGAGCACCCAGAGACAGCCUGCAUCUGAGAGAGAGCACCCAGAGACAGCCUGCAUCUGAGAGAGAGCACCCAGAGACAGCCUGCAUCUGAGAGAGAGCACCCAGAGACAGCCUGCAUCUGAGAGAGAGCACCCAGAGACAGCCUGCAUCUGAGAGAGAGCACCCAGAGACAUCCAGCAUCUGAGAGAGAGCACCCAGAGACUGCCUGCAUGUGAGAGGAGAGACUGCAUCCAGAGACAUCCUGCAUCUGAGAGAGACAGCCUGCAUCUAAGAGAGUGCACCCAGAGACAUCCAGCAUUUGAGAGAGAGAGGAGAGUGCACCCAGAGGUCCUGUUAGUAUGAGAGAGAGUAUCUAACAAGGGCUCUGUUCCCUGUAGCUGUCUCUGUACAGCUAUAAGACUGUUCUCUGACACUGAGAGACAUACAGGAGAUCUGUGAGACUGUUUGUAUGAGGGACCGCUGUUUGAGAUUAUUCCCAGGAAAGGACUGUCUGCAGGAGAAGUGACCAGCCAAUGAGACAGUCUGAGAUCUGAGCAUCAGGUUCACUAUGUCUGAUGGGAUGAUGAGUAAAGCCGCCACCAUGGAGAUUCCAAUUAACAGCAAUGGCGUCUCCGGGACCCUGAAUGAGGACGAGAGUUUGGAGCAGGAUUUGCAGCAAGUCAUGGUGUCGGGGCCAAACUUAAAUGAGACGAGUAUCGUGUCUGGCGGAUAUGGUGGAACCACGGAAGGGAUCAUUCCCACCAGCAGCCUGAAAGGGCCUGCCGUGCAGAUUAAUCCCAACUAUCUUGGAUUGCGGUUCCUGAGUGCCGAGGGACAAGGGUCCAUGUCUCAGCAGUCCUCACACCCUUCCCUCACCUCUGAAGAGCUGUCUCGAGGAUUAGCUGUGGAAAAGUUUGACUUGGUGAAGAAAUGGGGAAUUAAUACAUAUAAAUGCACAAAACAGUUAAUCUCUGAGCGCUUUGGCCGAGGAUCUCGUACGGUGGAUUUGGAGCUGGAGACUCAGAUUGAACUUCUGAGAGACACCAAAAGGAAAUAUGAAGGAGUCCUGCAGCUAGCGCGUGCUCUGACUGCUCACUUCUAUAGUCUGGUUCAGACACAGAGGGCGCUGGGAGACGCGUUCUCAGACCUGAGCCAGAAGUCGCCAGAAUUACAGGAAGAAUUUGGGUACAAUGCGGAGACCCAGAAGCUGCUAUGUAAGAACGGGGAAACUCUCCUGGGAGCCGUGAACUUCUUUGUGUCCAGUAUCAAUACUCUGAUUAAUAAGACGAUGGAGGACACUCUAAUGACUGUGAAACAGUACGAGACAGCCAGGCUGGAGUACGACGCUUACCGCGCUGACCUGGAGGAGCUGAGCCUGGGUCCACGAGACGCAGCUACUUUAUGCCGCAUAGAGAUUGCGCAGCAAAACUUCCAGACGCAUCGCGGCAAAUAUGAGAAAUUACGCGGAGACGUUACCAUCAAACUGCGUUUCCUGCAAGAAAACAAGGUGAAGGUCAUGCACAAGCAGCUGCUCCUGUUCCAUAAUGCCAUCUCCUCCUACUUUGCUGGGAAUCAGCAGCAACUGGAAGCUUCUCUGCAGCAAUUUAACAUCAAGCUGAGCAGUGCGGCCAGCGACAAACCCUCCUGGCUGGAGGAGCAGUGACUGUAACACUCUCAUGUCUGUAUGUCUCUGUGAUUGCGUGUUAUGUACAUGUAAGUGUUGUGUGCAUGAAGGUUUGUAUGUGCAGAUGAGAGUGUGUAGAACAUUAUCCAUGUUAUGUAGGAAGAGAUCAGUGUGAGUGAGAGUUACAGUAUGAGAUUGCAGGUCACCAAAUUUCCAAACCCAGUAUCGAGUCCAUUCCAAACCUCUCUGCUGCUAUAUAGAGUAACCCAGGCCAGUGCAGGAUAUAGACGUGUCGUCCAGCUCCAACCUCUACACAGCAGCUUCUCCCUUAUUCACUAGUAGUGAGAGACGGCCGUCACGCUCAGCCGCUACAUAGCUCCUUCUCCCCCGAUUAUUCCACUGCUGUGCCCAUCCCUCCAUCGCCCCACUGUUCUAUAGACCUCCCUGUAGUACAGACGUUGUAUGCACCAUUCAGCCACCCUACACUCCAUUGUCCGACAGUCUCACCCACCCUACACUCCAUUGUUCUACUGUAUCACCCACCCUACACUCCAUUGUUCUACUGUAUCACCCACCCUACACUCCAUUCUUCUACUGUCUCACCCACCCAACACUCCAUUCUUCUACUGUCACACAUAGCCUACACUCCAUUCUUCUAAAGUCUCACCCACCAUACACUCCAUUAUCCGACAGUCUCACCCACCCUACACUUCAUUGUUCUACUGUCUCACCCACCCAACACUCCAUUCUUCUACUGUAUCACCCACCCUACACUCCAUUGUUCUUCUGUCUCACCCACCCAACACUCCAUUCUUCUACUGUCACACCUAGCCUACAAUCCAUUCUUCUAAAGUCUCACCCACCCUACACUCCGUUGUCCGACAGUCUCACCCACCCUACACUCCAUUGUUCUACUGUCUCACCCAACCAACACCCUAUUCUUGUACUGUAUCACCCACCUUACACUCCAUUGUUCUACUCUCUCACCCACUCUACACUCUGUUCUACAGUCUCAUCCACCCUACACUCCAUUGUUCUACAGUCUCACCCAAACUACACUCCAUUGUUCUACAGUCUCAACCAACAUACACUCCAUUGUUCUACUGUCUCACCAAACCUACACUCUGUUCUGCUGUCUCACCCACCCAACACUCCAUUCUUUUACUGUCUCACCCACCCUACACUCUGUUCUCCAGUCUCACCCACCCUACACUCCAUUGUUCUACUGACUCACCCACAAUACACUCCAUUAUUUUACUUUCUCACCCACCAUAUGCUCCAUUCUUCUACAGUCUCAACCUCCUGAAACUACAUUCUUCUGUAGUUUCACCCACACUACACUCCAUUGUUCUACAGUCUCACUCACCCUACACUCUGUUCUACAGUCUCACCCACCCUACACUCCAUUGUUCUACUGUCUCACCCACCCUACACUCCAUUGUUCUACUGUCUCACCCACCCUACACGCCAUUGUUCUACAGUUUGACCCAUCCGUCACUCCAUUGUUCUACUGACUCACUCAACCUACACUCCAUUCUUCUACUGUCUCACCCACCCUACACUCCAUUCUUCUACUGUCUCACCCACCCUACACUCCAUUCUUCUACUGUCUUACCCACCCUACACUCCAUUGCUCUACAGCCUCACCCACCAUACACUCCAUUCUUCUACUGUCUCACCCACCCUACACUCCAUUGCUCUACAGCCUCACCCACCAUACACUCCAUUCUUCUACUGUCUCACCCACCCUACACUCCAUUGCUCUACUGUCUAACCCACCAUACACUCCAUUGUUCUACUGUCUCACCCACCCUACACUCCAUUGUUCUACUGUCUCACCCACCCUUCACUCCAUUGUUCUACUGUCUCACCCACCCUACACUCCAUUGUUCUACAGUCUCACCCACCAUACACUCCAUUGUUCUACAGUCUCAUUUACCCAAUGUUACAAUCUUCUACUGUCUCAUUCACCCUGUACAAAUAUCAGAUGUGUGCUGGUGAUCAGUCACUAGUGAUAAGGGUGCGCUGGUGAUCAGUCACUAGUGAUGGGUGUGCGCUGGUGAUCAGUCACUAGUGAUGGGUGUGCGCUGGUGAUCAGUCACUAGUGAUAGGGGUGCGCUGGUGAUCAGUCACUAGUGAUAGGGGUGCGCUGGUGAUCAGUCACUAGUGAUAGGGGUGCGCUGGUGAUCAGUCACUAGUGAUAGGGGUGCGCUGGUGAUCAGUCACUAUUGAUAGGGGUGCGCUGGUGAUCAGUCACUAGUGACGGGUGUGCUGGUGAUCACUAGUGAUAGGGGUGCACUGGUGAUCAGUCACUAGUGAUAGGGGUGCGCUGGUGAUCAGUCACUAGUGAUAAGGGUGCGCUGGUGAUCAGUCACUAGUGAUGGGGGUGCGCUGGUGAUCAGUCACUAGUCAUGGGUGUGCGCUGGUGAUCAGUCACUAGUGAUAGGGGUGCGCUGGUGAUCAGUCACUAGUGACGGGUGUGCUGGUGAUCACUAGUGACAGGGGUGCGCUAGUGAUCAGUCACUAGUGAUAGGGGUGCGCUGGUGAUCAGUCACAAGUGACGGGUGUGCUGGUGAUCACUAGUGACAGGGGUGCGCUAGUGAUCAGUCACUAGUGAUAGGGGUGCACUGGUGAUCAGUCACUAGUGAUAGGGGUGCGCUGGUGAUCAGUCACUAGUGAUAGGGGUGCGCUGGUGAUCAGUCACUAGUGACGGGAGUGCUGGUGAUCACUAGUGACAGGGGUGUGCUGGUGAUCAGUCACUAGUGAUGGGGGUGCGCUGGUGAUCAGUCACUAGUGAUAGGGGUGCGCUGGUGAUCAGUCACUAGUGACAGGUGCAGUAAGGUUGUGUAUACAGUGAUGAUAAAUCACAAGAGCAGCUUGCAAUAAUGAUUAAUGUACUAGUGAUAUGUUAGGGUUACAAGAAGUGAUUUGUGUAAUUGUGAUAUGCCCCAGGGAAUUACAUGUAUGUUCUGUGUCUGGUCUCACACUGCCAUGUCACCAUGUGCGUACACAUUAUCAUCACAACCUGCGGCCGUGUACUGUUAUACAGAAGCUGUUAUUGGGAGGCUGGGGACGGGCACAAGAUUCUGCUGUGUGUCUGUUCCAGUGCCCUGAGUGUGUGCACCAUGCCACACAGUGUAAUACGCUGCUUCUGACGUACACUACAUCCCAGCGUUCCUGUGAGAUUGUUUCAGUAUGGACACCGGUGACAUUGUGUGUAACACUCCGUGUAAGGCUCCUGUGUGUUUCAGUAUGGACACCGGUGAGAUUGUGUGUAAGGCUCCUGUGUGUUUCAGUAUGGACACCGGUGAGAUUGUGUGUAAGGCUCCUGUGUGUAUCUAGGUGUCUGAGUGUGUGUGUGUGUGUGUGUGUGUGUGUGUGUGUGUGUAUGUGUGUGUGUGUGUGUAGCCUGCGGGCAUUGUCAGAUUCCACCCUCGUCUCAGUAACAUUGGAAUGUGUGUUACCUGCCCUGUAGUAGGAUCAUUAUUUAUGAAGAGAGUUUAUUCCCUGUGCGGGGGGCAGUGGCGACUCUCGGAGGGGUCACCUCAUGUCUGGAUGUUACGGAGCAUCAGGUUACGGGAACAUUUCUUUAAAUGGGAAUAAAAUUAAUGAAGAAACUA